AUGGCUAAGUUUGGAGCCAAGGUUAGGGAACUGCGAUUUCUCGUUGCCCAGACUUCUCCUUCGAGCUCUGGAAUUAGGGAUUUUAUUUCACGUCACUAUCUGUCUCUAAAAACUGCUAAUCCUCAUGUGAAGUUUAUGAUUCGUGAAUCAGAAGGGAUCACACCAAAAGUGUUCGCUCGUUAUGAGAUGGGAAGGAAGACUGCAUUUCAGUGGCAAAUAACACAGCUGAUGAUAUAA